AUGGUGCUGGCCAAUACAGGUCAAAGCCGUGGUGACACAAUCAUGACUCCACCUGAAGGUAGUGUUGCCUCCGAAAAUUCUCACCAAGCAUCCAUGUCGAUGCCAUGUGAUACUUGUCCUGGUGUGCCUGAGGCAGAAGAAAGCAAUUCGCAGCUGCCAGCAAGUCAUGCAGAAGCAUCAACCAGCACACCGCGAGAUCUCGACGGACCGCACCAACCACUGUCAUUGACAGAAUCACUUUCCGAAGAAUUUGACAUUAUCGAAAAGGCCACAAGGUUAAGUGCUUCUGGCGGCACUUGUGACGCUGGUGAGAGUGAACGUCGAAAGUAA